UAUCGAUAUAUUGAUAUGUCUUCUUAGCAUCCCUAUUUCCAUUUCUCGGCCAUUUCGUUUUUGUCUUUCACCCCUAAUACACUUGAUAGACCUACAUAAUGGCGGACGCAGCUCCAGCCCGUGGUGGAUUCCGUGGCGGUUUUGGCUCUCGUGGGGGUCGUGGUGGACGCGGUCGUGGCCGUGGACGCGGCGCCCGUGGACGUGGUGGCAAGGAGGACUCCAAGGAGUGGGUUCCAGUCACCAAGCUAGGUCGCCUGGUGCGCGAAGGCAAGAUCAAGUCCCUGGAGGAGAUCUACCUGUACUCGUUGCCCAUCAAAGAGUUCGAGAUCAUCGACUUCUUCCUGGGCUCGGCUCUGCGCGAUGAGGUGCUGAAGAUCAUGCCUGUGCAGAAGCAGACCCGUGCCGGUCAGCGUACCCGCUUCAAGGCCUUCGUUGCCAUCGGUGACAACAACGGUCACAUCGGCUUGGGCGUCAAGUGCAGCAAGGAAGUUGCCACCGCCAUUCGUGGCGCCAUCAUCCUCGCUAAGCUGUCCGUCGUGCCCGUGCGUCGUGGCUACUGGGGCAACAAGAUCGGCAAGCCCCACACCGUGCCCUGCAAGGUUACUGGCAAGUGCGGCUCCGUCUCAGUGCGUCUGAUUCCCGCUCCCCGCGGUACUGGCAUUGUCUCGGCUCCCGUCCCCAAGAAGCUCCUUACCAUGGCUGGUAUUGAGGAUUGCUACACCUCGGCCCGUGGCUCGACCGGCACCCUGGGUAACUUCGCAAAGGCCACCUACGCUGCCAUUGCCAAGACCUACGCUUACCUCACUCCAGACUUGUGGAAGGAGAUGCCUCUGGGCUCCACUCCCUACCAGGCAUACUCUGACUUCUUGUCCAAGCCCACAGCCCGUCUGCACGCUGAUGCCUAGACUCGACAAAACAGAGCGAACCAAUGGUUUUGAAUAAAAUUGAAUAACAUAAAACCAUA